ACCCCAGUGAGUCACUGGGCGGUCUCAUUUGGGCAGAAGGGAGUUUAGUUUUUCCAGCAUAGACAGGAAACAUGCUCACUGCACUGUGAACACACAGGAGUGUCUCUCACAUACUGCUGGGAAGCUUAACAAGACAGCACAGUAUUGGUGUUGCACAGCAGAGAUGCAAAACAGAAACUUUCAUAAGCAUAGAUUUAAGUUUUCUGAAGAUACCAAAUCGAAGCAGCACGAGGAGCACCAGAGAACGACUACUUUGUAAAUUCUUGGACAGUUUUUUGGGAACAAUAUGGCAGACCUUAUUCCUGGACUACUCAUCUGUCUGAUGGCCUUGCAAACCUUUCAACAUGAUGAAACAGAGAAGACUGAAAACACAUCAAGUUUUUCACCGAAAACCUUCAAAGGGAAGACGUACAAACUUAAUAAAACAAACAGACUACUGGCCUCAGCCCUUCCAAGUACAAUACCUCAUCUCCUCGUGACCCCAGAAAGUCCUGUAACAGCCUAUACCACAGGGAUCCUCAGCACCUGGAUCAUACCAUCAUCAUAUAUCCUCACCAUGCUGGUGGGUAUCCCCUCCAACGCCUAUAUCCUGGCUUUGUUGAGAGUCAGACUCGCAGAAAAAUCCUUAUCCACAAUCCUUCUUUACCUGAAUCUGGCCUUGUCUGACCUGUUGCUGCUGCUUUCUCUGGCCCUGCGAGUUCACUACCAUGUCAGCGGAAACAACUGGAUAUUUGGGGAAAUCCCUUGCAGGUUGAUUACAGCCUUGUUUUAUGGCAAUGUGUACUGUUCAGCUCAAACCAUUGCAUGCAUCAGUGUUAAGCGCUACCUUGCUGUUGUUAGACCUUUUUUGUACAGAAGGCUGUCUCAGACUGCACUGGCAGUGUGGACAUGCUUCAUUCUGUGGAUUCUCUUUGGGGCGGCGGUCGCACCUGAGCUCCUGGUCAGGCAGAGCUACCACAUUAUCCAGCUGGGAGUCACAACCUGCCAUGACGUGCUUCCCCUAGAAGAAAGUACCCAUUUCCCACUGAUGCCAUAUAGACUGACUCUGGUUUGUGUGGGCUUUCUAAUGCCCUUUUUCAUCUGUAUUGGUGUACAUGUGGCAGUGGUGUACCAUCUUCGGCAAUCUGGCUGUGACUGGAGACCAUUUAUCAGAGUCACCACUUUAGUUUUCAUUAUCUUUAUGGUAUGUUUCUCACCUAGUGGCAUCCUACACAUCACCCACUACAUCAACCUGUUGUCUAUUUUGGACGACAGACUUUAUGGAUACUACAGGCUAGCGAUGUGUCUCUGCUGCUUCCACAGCUGUCUGGACCCUUUCUUGUGUAUUCUUAUGUCAAAGACAAUAGCCUCAGAAGUACAAUUCAUCUCCCUCCACAGGGUUCCUCAGAGGCCUGCUGUAUUAAUGUGAGACUGCAUGUGCACCAAUAAGAGACAUUUCCCCACCGGAUCAAUCAUUGAACAAAACAUGGAAAUAUAAAUGAGAAAAAAAAACAAACUAAAUUAUAACAUGACUAUUUGAAUUUAAUGAGAAUACUACAGCUAUUUUAUUAGAUCCUAUAUAACAGUUUUGUUAUGCAACAAUUAUUUUUCACAUCUGUCACAUAUUUGGAAAUGAACUCCCAGACUUUGUGAGCAUCUUACAAGACAUACACUGGGAGACUGCUAGAGAGAAUGUAGAUAAUAUUUAUAUUCAUACAGAAUACUUAUAAAAACAUUCACUUUCAUUCUUCGACAUUCUCAAUUCAUAUGUACACAAAUAAUUACAUUAAAUCUCAUUUUCACA